AUGGCCGAGAGCGGAAAGAGCGUGGCCGGAGGAGGAGGCGAGGGCGAGGGCGGCCUCUGCCCAGGUGUGGCCCCCUCCCACGGGAGCAAAAGACACCUCCCCAGAGGGAUUGUGAUCCACCUGACCGGGACAGAGGGCCAGUGGGACAGCCUGGACGAAAGCGAGCUCAUCUUCUCGCUGGACCACGACGAGGACUGCCCGUCGGUGACCGUCUCCAAGGAGAGGCCGCUCUCCUCCGAGGACGACGGGGGGCCAAAGUCCCAGACCUUCCACGUCCCUCUGUCCCCCUCCUCCCCCGGCUCCCUGGGGAACUGCUCCCCGGGGGCCCCCGGCUUCCUCUCCCCCGGGCCCCCCUCGCCCACCCACCGGCCCUUCGCCAGCCUGGUCAAGUCGCUGUCCACCGAGCUGGAGCCGAAGGAGGGCUGCGGCCUCCGGCCCCGGCCCUUCCUCAGCCUGGUCAAGUCCAUCUCCACCGAGAUCUCCCGCUCCGAGCCCGAGGUGUCGCAGUCCAGGUCCGACUCCCGCCUCAACCUGCACCUGUGGAAGCAGCUGACCCAGGCCAGAGGCCGCAGCAACGGGGACUCCCGCACGGCCCCCCCGUCGCCGAGCUCGCUGUCGCCCACCGAGGACGGCCCCAGGGGGGGGUUCUUCAAGAUGGAGCUGGAGGACACCAAGAGGAAGCUGACGGAGGCCAUGCAGGAGCCGCUGAGCAGCGUGCUGGGCAUGAUGAAGAGAGAGGAGGGGGCCGGGGGGGGCAGCCCCAAACACCGGGAGGGGGGCGCCGAGGCCGUCCCCCCCGAGCCGCCGGCGGGGAAGGCCAGGCGGGCGGACGCCGAGGGUCCGCCCGCGUUCGAUUGGCCCCCCGCCGGACGCCGGCGCGGCCCCCGCUGCCCCCUGCACGGCCGCAAACGCCGGCCCCAGGACCAGCGGCCGGAGGCGUGUCCGGACGGGGACCCCCGGGCGCAGGCCCCGCCCCCCUCCCCCCACCCUCUGCCGCGCAUGGGCCUGCUCUGCGUGGCGGCGCUGUCCUACGGCUACUUCAUCCUGCCGCUGGGGCCCUACUGCUCGGGCGUGGCCCUGGGCCUGGCCCUGGGCUUCCUGCUGGGGCUGCUCCUCAUCCGGACCGCCUCCUCCAGGCCGCCCGCCCCGCCGGCCGUGGGAGGGGCCACGCCGGCGCCGGCCGGCGAAGGGGCCCCCACCGCCGGCCUUUGGAGCAGGGAGCCGGACACCCUCCAGGGCUGGAUGAACGAGAUCUGCGAUUAUGACCCAGAAACCUGCCACCCGGCCCUGACUCACUCGGUCUUCGCCUCGCUGGAGGGCUCCCGUCUCCGCCUGGACUACCCGCGCAGCAACGUCCGGCGCCGGGCGGCGUACGACGAGAGGAUCCCCGAGGCCGCCUUCACCAAGUCCCGCUGCCUUCAGCUAUCAAAGAGCAAAAUAUUCCUACUGCCACCAAUGCUUGCCCGGAAGAGGGUGUGGAACCCAAAAUAUCCCAUCUGCGUGCAGCUGGCCAGCGGGUUAAAACCUGAGGAAGAGGAGCGAGGGGGGUCAGUGGAGAACAUGGAGGAGAGGCCGGAAGCUGAACCAGCAGCCAGCCCAGAUCUGAAACAAACCCAGGACCCCUCUGCUACGCUCUACCUCUUUGGGCGCACGGGAAGGGAGAAAGAAGAGUGGUUUCGUCAUCUCCAGCUCGCGUCGAUAGAUAAAGAGAGGGAAAGAGACGAGGGCGGACAGAGAGCCGGCAGAUGUUUGCCCCAAUCAGGUGACCCAGCGCACCCGGCCCAGGCCCCGGUCAGCAGAGGCCCCAGCAGAGUGGGCAGCAGCGACGAGGACGGCCCCUCCACGCCCCCCGCCCCCCCCGCCAGCAGCAGGGGCCGCCCCGCCCUCAGCUACAGCCGAUACAUGGCCGCACUGCUGGCCGCGGGGGAGCCCAGCCCCCUGUCCAGCCCCCUGUCCAGCCCCAGCGGCAGCAGCACAGAGGCCAGCCCCACCAUCACAGGGACGUGUACCUGCGAUCUGGUCGAGUAUGCUGGACAAAGCCUGAGCACGGCGUGGGCUAACGCUCUCAUUGGUCGAAUCUUCUGGGACUUUCUGCGGGAGAAGCUCUGGGCCGACGCCGUCUCCCACAAGAUUCAGAAGAAGCUCAGCAAAAUCAGACUGCCUUACUUCAUGAACGAGCUGACUCUGACGGAGCUGGACAUGGGCUGCUCCAUGCCCCAAAUCACCGCCACCUCCAGACCAGAGGUCAACCAUAGAGGUCUGUGGCUGCAGCUGCAGCUGGCCUACACCGGCAACCUGCAGAUGACCCUGCAGACCAAGUUCAACCUGUCAAAGCUGGGGAAAGAGGGCGGCCAGGACACGCCCCACUGCUGGACCGAAAGCGGAGGCCCACGCUCCAGGCCCGUUCUGAGUGUGUUGGCGGACAGCGAUGAGGAGUCCUCCAGUGCCGGUUCAUCAGACGAAGAGGAGCUGCUUAUCUCUGAGCCUCUGGGUUCGGCCGGGGAGAAAGGCUCCGCACCGCCAGCCGAAGGGACAGGGGGAGGAAAGACUGGAAGGAAGAUUUUGAAAUUCGUGGACAAAAUAGCCAAAUCAAAGUACUUCCAGAAGGCGGCCGAGAACGAGUUCAUCAAGAAGAAGUUCGAGGAGAUGUCCAACACCCCCCUGCUGCUUUCUGUCGAGGUCCAAGAGCUGUCGGGGUCCCUGGUGGUCAACAUCCCGCCGCCCCCUACCGACAGGAUAUGGUACAGCUUCUGUGUGCCACCCAAACUGGAUCUACACGUGCGCCCAAAGCUAGGAGAGCGGGAGGUCACUUUCUGCCAUGUGACCGAGUGGAUUGAGAGAAAACUAAAGGACGAGUUCCAGAAAGUCUUCGUUCUGCCAAAUAUGGACGACAUCUACUUACCGCUCAUGUUCUCCGGGGUGGACAGACCGCAAGCCUACGAGUCCCAGCGCUCCCAGAGCUCCUCCACAGAGUCCAUAGAGGAGAUCCUGUGUGAGGUGACCAGAGCGGGACACGACUAG